CCAAACACCCACAACUACUCCAUAUGUGUAUAUGAACUUUCCAAGCUCAAACCAAAACUCCAUAACUAAUAAAUUCUCCAGAAAAAAGCACACCCCUCUAAAACGAAGCCAUGAGAAAACGAUCAAUAUCAGCUGGAUUUCUCUUCUCUGCGAUAAUCACUUUCUCUCUCCUACCAAUCUACGCUGAUGAACACAAAUUCUCAAUUGAUGGAAAAGUGAUCGACUUAGACGAAUCAAAUUUUGAUUCUGCAAUUUCUUCCUUCGAUUAUGUCUUCGUCGAUUUCUACGCACCUUGGUGUGGUCACUGCAAGCGUCUUUCUCCUGAGUUGGAUAAAGCUGCUGCUGCGCUUGCUGAACUAGAGAAACCCAUAGUGAUUGCAAAAGUCGAUGCUGACAAGUACAGGCGUAUUGGUGAUAAAUAUGAGAUUGAUGGCUUUCCAACUCUGAAGCUCUUCAUGCACGGUGUUCCUGUUGAUUAUAACGGACCAAGAAAAGCUGAUUUACUUGUUCGUUUUUUGAAAAAGUUUGUUGCUCCUGAUGUAUCCAUUCUUGAUUCAGACAUUGCUAUUAGCAACUUUGUUGAAGCAGCUGGCCCCCAUUUCCCUAUCUAUGUUGGCUUUGGAAUGAAUGAGUCUAUCAUAUCCAAGUUUGCUAUUGAAUACAAGAGAAAAGCAUGGUUUUCAGUGGCAAAGGAUUUUUCAGAUAAAGUUAUGGAAUCAUAUGACUUUGACAAAGUUCCAGCUCUGGUGUCCCUCCAUCCAACUUACGAUGAGAAAAGCAUAUUCUAUGGGCCAUUUGAUGAUCAAUUCUUGGAAGAGUUCAUCAAGCAAAAUCUAUUCCCCUUGUGCUUGCCUAUUAACUCAGACACACUUAAAAUGUUAAGAGAUGAAAAGAGGAAAAUUGUCCUUACAUUUGUGGAGGAUGAAAAUGAUGAUAAAACAAAGAAGCUGAUCAAGUUAUUAAAGGCAGCUGCUUCUGCAAAUCGUGAUUAUCUAUUUGCUUAUGCCGGUCUCCUGCAAUUCCAGGACUUUGUUGAGACAUUUGAGAUCAGUACGAAGACGAAACUGCCAAAAAUGGCUGUUUGGGAUGGUAAUGAAGAAUAUUUCAAUGUAAUUGAUUCAGAGAGUAUUGGUGAAGAUGAUCAGGGAUCCGAAAUAACACGCUUCCUCGAAGGAUAUAAAGAAGGAAGGACAGUAUCAAAGAAGAUUAGUGGCCCGUCAUUCAUGCAGUUCCUGAAUUCCAUGAUGGGCUUCAAAUUGAUUUUCCUUGUUGUUUUUAUUAUAGCUGUAAUGAUGAUAAUACACACCCUUGGUAAAAGUGACGAGGAUGAUGCUAGUGAACGGCCUUUGAGACCUGAUAGCAGUGAAGUAGAAAGAUCAGGUGACAAGGAAGACUAGGAGAAAUAUGUAAUUCCAAGGUAAUCUGCAUUACAACAAUCUUGGCACAAUCUGACUUGAAGGACUGUUUGCAGGGAGAAAAAGACGAGCUGCUGACUUCGGUAUACAAAUACUACAAUCAUGUUUGGAGUUAAGUUAUGAGGUCACUCCAAUUUUUGUAAUGUUAUUGACAAUGGUUUUCUCUGCUGAUAAGUGAGAACCUUUUAUGCUUUGUAAAGCUCUAGCUGUUUUAUUCUUCUGGGUUUCAGAUCCUUGUUCAUUUUGUACCAUUAGUUUUACUCGUUUGGAACAGUGUUGAACGCGAAUAAAAGAAAGUGGUUUAUCUUUGAAAGAUCA